AUGACAACAGCAGUAGCAUUACCUCCUAGACCUGAUGCAACCCCUUCCAACGUCGUAUCAGCGCCUGGUUUAAGCAAGGCAGCACCCGCAGCCUUGCUUUCGGAUCAAGCUCAGGACAUUCCCAUCUUUCUCCGAAAAACCUACCACAUGGUGGAUACUUGCGAUCCCACGGUGGCUUGCUGGUCCGACGAUGGGGAAACCUUUGUGGUCAAGAACCCUGAAAAGUUUGAAAAGCAAAUCAUUCCGCAAUUCUUCAAGCAUUCCAAGUUUAGUUCCUUUGUGCGGCAACUCAACUUUUAUGCCUUUCGCAAGAUCAAGUAUGCGGAUACGAUUCGCAUUGACCCGAAACUAGAGGCCGAAACAGCCAAUUAUUGGAGAUUCCGCCACGAAAAGUUCCAACGGGGCAAGCCAGAACUCUUGCAAGAGAUCAAGCGAAUGAAUGGGCAAAAGGGGACCACGACCACCACUACCAAGAAAACUGUUACUGCCACCGCCCAAGUCGACAAGGAAAAUACCGCUCUCAAGUCGGAAGUCACCCAACUCAAGACCAAGCUGGAACAAAUGACGAAGAACAUUGAUGAGUUGACUAACCUUGUGCAAAAGGUCUCUCUCCAACAGCAGCAAACACCCACGACUGCUACUCCCACUGUUGUCAAUAAUAACAACAAGCGUACCAAGGUGGAGGAUUCGAUGCCUCCGCUUCCCGAUAUUCCGCAAUCGUUUGGCGGUUCCAACAUGGAGGUGGACAACUUUGCGCCGCCAUCCAUUCCUUCUCCGAUGCAUCCAACACUGACUGCCAGUGAAACGCCAUCGGAUCUGUCGGAUGACACCUUUGUCGAUCAACUCUUUACGGCAUUCAAGACGGAACACUUUGACUUUGAAGACACAAGUAGCAUGGCCACUCCCAAGACCAACUCUUCACAAAGAGCCAGUCCGGAACUCAUGGCCAAGCUGUCCGACGCCUUGGCCACUUUGCCCUUGCAAGUGCAGGAAUUGAUUGUCAAUCGAUUGAUUCAAGCAGUCACGGCUCCCAAGGAAAUCCAAGAGGCCCUCCCAAGUUCGGAAAGCAUUGUCCCACAAUCGCCACCCGUCACGACACAAAAAACACAAAAUUUGCCAUUGGCGGCUGCUACUCUUGCUGCCUUGUUGGCGCAAUACGGAGAAGAUGCCAUUAAGGCUGCUGCCAAGGAUGCUGCCCAGACCAACAAUGCCAAACACCAAGCUAGUACUGCGAACAGCAACCGCAAGGCAUUGCUCAUUCCCGUUCAUGCAUGA